AUGCAAUUCCACAGGGACGUCAGCAGGAAUAACUUAUCCGGCCUCAUCCCUUCCUCGAUCGGCAGUCUCCUCAACCUCACCUUCCUGCUCCUCAAAUCUAACCUUUAUUCGCAUUCUCCUCAGCCUUACCUUACUGCCUGCCAGUCCCUCUUCUCUUUUAAACUCUCUUCUGUGCAGAAAAACGACCUCUAUCCCAUCCCAUCCUUAGCCUUCUCCGCCCCAUUCUUGCUCCUUCUCUCCAUCUUGCCCCACUCUAUCACGCCCAUCACUGCUCUCCCAUCUAUCCCGCCCAUCACUGCUCUCCCAUCUAUCCCGCCCAUCACUGCUCUCCCAUCUAUCCCGCCCAUCACUGCUCUCCCAUCUGUCACGCCCAUGCAUGCAGGAGCCUCGAGCCCUCUUCCUGCCACCCUCGGUUCCCUCACCACCCUCGCGUACCUUAACGUAGACAACACGUCGCUCGUCUGCCCCACUACCCCAGCCUCCUGUGAGGUGCCUCAGGACCCCCUAUCCGUCUUCUGUGUCGACUGCGCCACCUUCUGCUCCCAGUGCUCUGCUGCGGGUAAGCCUCUCUGCUUCCUGCCGCAGCUCAUGUCUCACUUACCUGUUUUGAAAAGUUUCAAGGACGCCAUUCAACCUUCCUCCUUCGGCUCGUGA